UCGCUUCCUUUUUCCUGCCCCCCUCCCGUACCUCGCGCAAUAAGCUAGCUGCCCCGGUACACCUGCAAACCAUAAACGCGCGCCACGGUCAGUCCCAGUCCCAGAGCCAGAGAAGAUGUGAAUGCGUUUAACGCGCUGCCCAACUGAUGCACACUCUCCCGGCCGGCCUGAGUCUCGCUCCCUCCCUGCCAUCUUCAGUGCUAGUACCAGCUAAUUUUUCCAUGGCGGCGGCGGCGGCGGAACCUCCUCCGCGCGGCGACAUCGGCGCCGGCGCCGGCGUGACGUGCUGCAUGUGCGGCGACCGCGGGCUGCCGCACGAGCUGUUCCGCUGCAAGCUCUGCCGCGUCCGGCUGCAGCACAGAUACUGCAGCGAGCUAUACCCGAGGGCGACGGCGUACAGGAGGUGCAACUGGUGCCUGAGGGAGCCGGCGGUCCAAGCCCAAGCCCAAGCCCAAGCCCACGCGGUGGCUAGCAAGCCGACGACGGAGAAACGGAAGGCGGCGGCGGAGGACGCCUCCACUUCCCAAGUGGAGGAGCGACAGCGGCACGAGGCGGCCGGAUGCGCCGCCACGAGGUCGAGGAGGCCGGCCGGGGAGAUCGGGCUGCCGGUCAAGAAGCAGAAGCCCUACGACGAGAGGUCGCUGGGCGCCGCGGAGGUCGGGCUGCCGGUCAAGAAGCAGAAGUCUAUCGAUGGCGAGAGGUCGCCGGGCGCGGCAGCGGCGGCGGCGAAGGGGAACAGCGGAAGCAAGAAGCCGAUGCAGGCGGGGAAGUUGACCCGGCCGGGUGGGAGGGUCAAGGUGAGGAGGUACAAGCUCCUGGCAGAGGUGAUUAGCUGCUAGCAGCUAGCAAGAGGUAACGCGGAAUCUGAACUCAAGUAGUAAAGGGGGCAGUAGCUAAGCCUCCAUCGACAUUGGCGUCGACGAUGUUUGUACAUAGAGUUUCAGUCAUUUUGGUCGUUUUAUCACGCACUUGCGCAAUGCUAUUUUCUGACGGACGCAGCUGCUGGCCGCCGGCCGGCGAGAUUGUUGUGCAUAUAAUCCACCCGGGCCACACCCCACUGGCAUUCUUCUUGAGGUAAUAAAAUCUUGCUAGUACAAACGACUGUA